GGCUCUUCUACGCUCUUUAGUCACUGUACCUUCGCCUUCGUCCCCAGCCGGGAUGUGGGCGAGUCUUUCGUUCAGGAAGUAAGUUGCCGCAUAUCAGGCCUUCAUUGAGGGGGCGAAACUACCGGACCGGUCACAACGGCCAACUAACCAUGUCACCCUCUGUGAAAGCUCUCCCAAAUCAUCGCCAGCCAUGAUGGGACAGUCAUACCAAUGAAGCGAGAUGGCUCGCUGCCGCUGGCGCAAGUAACCCACAUCAUUUCGAACACGAUAGAUUUCCCACAGUAUACCGAUACGACGGCGAUGAUGAUCCCUGUUGUCAAGACCAAAUGGAUCAUGGUGUCUGUCGCGAAAGGCAGGCAGGCCCAGCUCCGUCCGUUCACUCCCGACCCGCGGAUGAUCUUCUCCGACGUGAUACUAUCAUGCGCGGACAUCCCAUCCUCCGACAAGGAAACAAUCAUCGGCGCUACCAUGGCCAUGGGCGGAAUGGACUCGGACAACGUCACCAAGUUAACCACCCACAUCUGUGCCCUCUCGAUGGACCACCCGAAAUGCAAGUUGGCCGUGGAAAAGGGGCUUAAAUGCAAAAUUGUUCUUCCUCACUGGUUUGAUGACUGCUUCAAACUCGGAAAACGGAUUGACGAGUCUCCGUAUCUCCUCCCAAACCCCGAGAUUCUGCGAGCGGGCCCCAAGGACGGGGUGAAAGUGCCGUCGAGCCAACACCUCGAGGGUGCCACUUCGGCCCAACCAGAGUAUCUCCCAGCUCGUACCGACGACAUCGCGAGUGCCCCGCCUAAGCUUGCCGUCUUCCGCGACAAGAAAGUACUGCUGUCAGCAGACUUGUCGAUCAGGAGUCGGCUCAGAGACAUUAUUCUGGACCUGAUUACCAGCGGCGGUGGCGCAAUGACAGAUGACGUCGACGAAUGCGACUGGUUCAUCUGCCAAUAUCGUGACGGGGAGCAGUAUGUACGCGCCGCGCAAGCCGGAAAGACGGUUGGCAACCUGUCUUGGCUGUAUCAUCUAAUUACGCGUAAUGAGUGGACGUCUCCCUUAAGACGUCUACUUCAUUACCCUAUCCCCCGCGACGGCAUUCCGGGCUUCCAGGACAAAGUGAUCACGGUGUCGAACUAUGGAGGGGAGGCCCGGAUAUACCUCGAGAACCUGAUCAUUGCUGCGGGGGCAACGUUUACCAAGACCAUGAAAAAUGACAACACUCAUCUAAUUACAGCUCGAGAUAACAGCGAGAAAUGUGAAGCGGCCCGGGAUUGGAACAUUGACAUGGUCAAUCACCUCUGGAUCGAGGAGAGUUAUGCCAAGUGCGAGAUGCAAAGCCUCACGGUCGCGAAAUAUACUCAUUUCCCGCCCCGCACGAAUCUGAGCGAGGUCAUCGGCCAGACCUUCUUGGACGAGGCGAAGCUUCGGGCGAUGUACUACCCGGGCGAGGCUGAUAACCUCGGUGCGACGUCGAAGCGGAAGCGCAAGAUCCUGGAGAUGGCCGACGAGAAUUCCUUCUCGGAGGGCCCGGCCCAGGGCGUCGCGAUCGGGCGACAGGCCCACAAGGAGUUCGACGUCAUGAAGGAUUCCGACGCCGAGUACGCGCAGAAGACGACCGAGGCCUUCGGGGUGCCGGCGCCGAAGGAGCGGCGCGCCGCCGAAUUCGCGACCCCGGCCCGAAAGCGCCACGUCCGAGCCGGCAAGGAGAACGAGACGCCGUCGACGGUCUCCUCGAGCAGGAGCGCCAAGGACGUGGCGAUGAACCGGCUAUCGGUCCUCGCGCCGGAUAUCGCGCUGUACGAGAAGGAGAAGAAGCGGGGGGCCAAGGAUGGCCACGGCCUCUGGGGAGGCAAGCGGGCGGCCGAUUUCAUCGACCGAGAAAACCUCAACCGCCGUAGCCUCUCCAGCCCGUCCGUGGCGGGCAAGGACAACGACGACGACGACGACGAGAUUGCGGCUGAGAGGCGCCCUGCGAAGAAACAUAAACCUACGCUCCCCGAAAUCACUAUGCGAGUUGUCCUGACGGGAUUCAAGCGGUGGGUAGAUGACAAGCACAGAGAGGAUGCGGAUCGGAAAAAACUGCGCGAUCUGGGGAUUGCCGUGGUCCCAGACGGCCAAUCGUGCGACUACCUAGUAGCUCCGCACAUGGUGCGGACGGUCAAGUUCCUGCGCAACCUGUCCAAAGGCGCGACCAUCCUCUCAUCAAGCUGGAUCGAAGAGUGCCUAGAUACAAAGUCGAUUCCGGACCCGCAGGACUACGUCCUCAAGGACACCGAGAACGAGAAGAGGUUCGGCUUCAAGCUCGCAGCCUCGGUCCGCAAAGCUCGGGAGAACAAGGGGAAACUCCUCCGGAACGUCCCCAUAUAUUGCACAGCUAGCAUAAAGAAUGGGCCGUUAGGAUACCAAGCUAUUGCCGAGGCCAACGGCGCCAUCUUUAAAGUCUACAACGCGAGGAGCGGGACCACCAUCAGGCCGACCAGGCCCGGGGAGGACGAGAGCGGCCCCGACCCCGUGUACCUCCUGAGCACGACGAAUCCCGAGGAGAAGAAGUUGUGGGUCAGGUUCGAGGACAUGGCCCGCAAGGGUAACAUGGAGCCUCGCGUAGUUGCUUCGGACUGGUUGCUGGACGUAGUUAUGAAGCAGGAAUUAAGCUUUGACGAGAAGUACCUCGUGUCGAACUUCUUUUGAGGCGAAGGCGGAGAUGUACGGUCGGAUUUCGGUGCUGCGGUCUCCCAUUCCGCGUUACGUGUUGCAUGGCUCGGGUUCCGGAAGG